AUGCGAGGGGAGAUGGACUGUAAAUCUCCCGGUCUGAAGCUGCUGAGACAACAAGCGUGGAACGCGCUGCGCGAACGGCCCGGGCACGAGUUUCUACAUGUCCGACGAGACUGGAACGCUAGUGCAGAUAUGUUGGCCGGACAGACACUCCAACGACAAGGAGGAAAAGACGCCCAUAGCGUCGAAGGGAUCGAGGAUCUGAAGACGUUGAAUCGGUUGGGAGAAGUGCUGCAACCCACGCUACCCGUCUCAGAGCGGGAAACGCGCGGUACAGAUGACCCCGUCGCUGAGCUUGAAACGCGCGGUCCCGACAACGAGAGACGCGGGACGGGGAGAGUCUGUCCUGUGACCACCCGGUCGCGCGACGCGUCCCGCCAAAUCACGCGGAGACAGCCGGAAGUCUUGAAGGAACUACCGGUACAACGGCUGAGACUGGGCCGGGUCCGUAUGGCGCAGGACGAAGAGCGCUGGAUAGCGAACCUCAAGAAGUUCCUAAGCGGAGAUAUCAGCUAG